CGAGCCGUUUAUCUGCCAGACGAAGAGGCGAUUUAUGCAACAGUAUCCUGUUUCAGCACUGCCAAGGCUAUGCGAGACCGCGGUCAGGACAGCCUGGCAGGACUCGCGCUGUGUGUAGGACUUUUCGGGCACGCCGCGAUGCUGCACAGGGCCAAGUACAGCCGCUUUCGGAACGAGUCCGUCACGUCCUUGGACGAAGGCAGCCCCGGAGGCGCGGUCGGGGCCAAGGUUGCGCCGCAGCCGCCCUACCCCGCCCUGGCACCUAAUCAGCCCGCGGAAGAUGCCACCUUGGCGCCCCAGGAGAGCCCAACUCCUCUGUGCACCUUGAUCCCCCGCAUGGCAAGUGUGAAGCUGGCCAGCCCAGCCACCUUGCUGAGUCUGAAAAACUUUUGCCUGGGUACCAAAGAGGUGCUUCGGCUGAAGCUCCAGGAAAGCCAGGAGGCCGCUCCGGGCCGCCCCACUUCCCCUGAAACCAGUCAAAAUAGGGCCGAAUCUGUACCCGCGCCCCAGCGCGACCCGGCGGGACACAGAGCACAAGCCUUGACUCAAGACGUCUGCCCGCUUCCCGGCCCUGGGGAGCCAGUCCCUGGGAACAGGCAGGACAGACACUUUCUCCAGCACCUGUUGGGGAUGGGCAUGAACUACUAUGUGAGGUACAUGGGCUGUAUUGAAGUGCUGCAAUCAAUGAGGUCACUGGAUUUUGGAAUGAGAACCCAAGUUACAAGGGAAGCAAUAAGUCGUCUGUGUGAAGCUGUCCCGGGGGCAAACGGAGCCAUUAGAAAGCGAAAGCCUCCAGUUAAAUUCCUAUCAACAGUUCUUGGCAAAAGUAACCUUCAGUUUUCGGGAAUGAAUAUAAAACUGACCAUCUCAACAUGUAGCCUCACGUUGAUGAAUCUUGACAACCAACAGAUUAUUGCAAAUCAUCAUAUGCAGUCUAUUUCAUUUGCCUCUGGAGGGGAUCCUGAUACUACAGACUAUGUUGCCUACGUAGCUAAAGAUCCAGUUAAUCAACGAGCCUGUCACAUACUGGAAUGCCGCAAUGGAAUGGCCCAAGAUGUCAUAAGUACCAUAGGGCAGGCUUUUGAACUCCGGUUUAAACAAUACUUGAAAAAUCCUUCUUUGAAUACUUCCUGUGAAAGUGAGGAGGUGCAUAUUGAUGGCAGUGCGGAGGAGAGAGAUCAUGAGUAUUACAAUGAAAUCCCAGGGAAGCCGCCACCUGCAGGUGGUGUUUUGGAUGUGCAGAUGAAAGUUCAAGCCACAGAGCAAAUGGCUUACUGCCCAAUACGGUGUGAGAAGUUGUGCUAUUUGCCUGGAAACUCCAAGUGCAGCAGCGUAUACGAGAACUGUUUAGAACAAAGCAGGGCAGUAGGUCAUGCCCACGAGAGAGGGGUACAUUGCCAACAAGACACCUCAUUAAUGAAGCACACAUGUCGAGUGGAUCUCUUUGACGACCCCUGCUACAUUAAUACGCAGGCUCUUCAAGGUAUACUUGGCCCUGCUCGGAAUCAAAGCUCAGCUCAGAUGCUCGGGAGCCCGUGGCACCGUGCAAAGGCACCGGAAACUGUUCAACCAGGCGCCACAGCCCAGCCUGCCAGCCCAUGUUCUUUGCCACAUAUUAAGCAGCAGCUGCGAAACGAAGACUGCUACCACGGCAAGCUGAGCAGGAAGGCAGCAGAGAGCCUCUUGGUAAAGGAUGGGGACUUUCUGGUUCGAGAGAGUGCAACAUCCCCUGGCCAAUAUGUGCUGAGUGGACUACAGGGAGGCCAGGCAAAACAUCUUCUCCUUGUGGAUCCCGAAGGCAAGGUGAGGACCAAGGAUCAUGUAUUUGAUAAUGUUGGCCACCUUAUCAGAUACCACAUGGAUAACAGUUUGCCAAUCAUCUCUUCUGGAAGUGAAGUAAGCCUUAAACAACCAGUGAGAAAAGAUAAUAACCCAGGACUUUUGCAUUCCAACAAAUGACAAUAUGGAAGUAUCAUCAUACUGAUAUUUCAAGAAACUCCAUUUUAUGUCAGGUCACAAAGAAAACUCAAACUUUGUUUCUCCGAUUCGUGUUAG